AUGGAGCUCUUACGCUUUGAGCGGGACUUAGAACGUGAGAGGGAGGAGAGAGAAAUCAGAAGAGAGGAGCGUAGACAACGAGCUAGAUUUGAGGAUAGGGCGUUUGAGGUAGAACUAGAGAAAGAAAGAGUUAAAACUCCAUCAGUUUCCGGAUGCUCGGGAAAAUUUGUUAAAGUGCGAGAAAUGAGGGAGACUGAAGAUAUCGAUGAUUAUUUUCGGAUUUUUGAAAUGACGGUUAAAACACAGCAAAUCCCACGGUCAGAAUGA